UCCAUCAAAAGAAGGAAAAAACAAACAAACAAAGAAGGGAAAACAAUUAUGUCUUCGUCAGAUGCUCUUGCAAAGUCUUUCUCUGUUUCUCACUCUGGAAUAUUUGGAGUUGACGAGAAAUCAAUGCUGGAGAUCUUAGUAAAAUGGCAACCAGAACGCUUGUCAACUUUUAGGAAUGAAACUUCUGGCAUCUUUUUGCAGGAUGAACGCUUCCCGUUUGAGAAAUGUGAAGAAUUUCUUCUUAAAUUUCUAAAAAGGGAAUUUAAGCGUUUUAAGGAUGCUGUGGUGCAAUGGACCAUGCAUCCUUGGGAAAGAGAUGCUCGCAUGGCAAGGAAGGCUUUGAAAAGAGGCAGACAAGCAUAUGGCCUACUCAUUGAACUUGCAUGCACUCGAUCAUCAGACGAGCUCUUGGGAGCUAGGAGAGCAUACCAGUCCCUCUACAGCGAAUCCAUCGAGGAAGACGUUGCUUCCCGAGUUGACGGCAUCGAACGCCAGCUUUUGGUAGCACUUGUAAGUUCAUACAGAUAUGAUGGAUCAAAAACUAAUGAUCGGGCAAUUAAAUUGGACGCUCAAAAACUUGAAAAAGCCAUUAGUAUUGGUGACAAGAAGCAGCUAAUCAAAGAUGAAGAGAUCGUAAGGAUUCUAACAACAAGAAGCAAGAUUCAUCUCAUGGCUGUCAUCAAAUGUUACCAAGAGACUUUUAACAAUAACAUUAUAGAGGUAUAA